AUCUGAUGAAUAAUGAGAUGAAGAUAAAAAUUUCGAGUAGCUUGAAGAAUUCAAGAUCUAUCGCAAUGUAUAUGAGUGAAAAUAAAGUUUUGGUUAAAAUAUCCCUAUGAGAAUAGGUAAUAAAUUGCUGAAAGAGACUGAAUAAUUUUAGAAUUAAAUUUGUAAAGCAGUGGCAUUUUAUGUAGGUCAGGUAUUGAUUUAGGUUCUGGUUUAUGAAAAAGUCAGGAGCAUUUUCAAAGAGAUUGAGUAAGGUUGAUCAUUGCGAAAAGUUUUGAAUUAAUUGCAAUGAAACCAUAAGAAAUAGAGAAGAUAUUACUAAUUUGACUACGGAGAGUUGUGGUUGUGAUUUUUGUAUUUUUU